AUGGCGGCGACUGUCGAACUUCCACCACCGCCAGCUCCAUCAAUACCGACAAAGCACGUCCACAACUGCCCAGAAUGCGGGACUAGCAUUCAACUUGAUACAGGAGAGGUGGAGAUGGCAAGGAGAAAGAUUGUAGAGCUCGAAGCGCAGAUGGAGUUCUUGAAGGAGAAGGCUACGGCUGCUGGUAGGUUGCUGUCCUCAGCACAAGCAGACACCGAGCUGCUGAACGAGCUUGAACGCGAGCGAGCACUCCGCGCCAAAGCCGAAGAACGGGCCGAAAAGGUCGACUCGGAGAUUGAGGAACUCAGCGUGCAGCUGUUCUCCCAAGCAAAUGAAAUGGUCGCGACAGAACGAAAGGCCCGCGCCAAGCUCGAAGAAAGGAUCGAGAUACUGGAGAGGAAGGACAAGGACAAGAUGGCCAGGUUAGACAGGCUCGAGAAGGCUGUGAGCAGGAUCGAUCGCGUGAAGGCGAUACUCAAUCAGCCGCAGACAAACGGCGUGGCCGCAGGAGGUGCUAUGCUUGCGCCGCCUGCGAAGAGAUGA